ACCGCUGCACAAAGCCGUGGCUGCUGUCUAAGCGACACAUCCCCCUAGCAGAGCCAAAUGCAGCUUCUCACAGGUCCUUAGCACAAAGACAAACUAGACGCUACCAUCUCCCUUUCCUACCGUUCUACGUCACUGCGGCGUUGCCGCUUUAACAACAGCUAGGCCGGAGCAGUGCAUGCUGGGUAGUCAGUCCUGCGUGGAAUGUUGGGAACUUGUUGUUCUCUGCGUGUUGAGGUGUGGAACUGUGUGAAGCGGGACACGUGAAGGGAGAAAGGAUAUAUUUCUGUCAACCACCAUAUGAAGUCUUCCUUGGAAGAACAAAGGCUGACCAUUACUGACUGAUCUGUCUCGGCACACAUUGGACAGACCGCUUGUUUAUUUGGCAGAACGUAACACGCCAUGCCCCCAAAGAAAAAACCGUCUGGUGCAGAAUAUCGAAAACGUAAGCGAGCAAGAGAGGAGGAAGCACGUAGGCUCUCCAAUAACGAUAAGAACUGGCUCACAACACCUGGUAAUGAUGCUGAAAGCUCUAACGUGGAGCCACCACUGCCAAAGAUAUCUAAUAUUAAGGAAGAACCUCAUGACACCAUUGAAACAGAUAAUGAGGGAAUUUCUAAUACUAAGCAAGAGAUUAAGAAAGAACCUCAUGACACCAUUGAAACAGAUAAUGAGGGAAUUUCUAAUACUAAGCAAGAGAUUAAGGAAGAACCUCAUGACACCACUGAAACAGAUAAUGAGGGAAUUUCUAAUACUAAGCAAGAGAUUAAGGAAGACCCUCAUGACACCAGUGAAACUGAGGACGAGGGCUCCGAUUUAGAAAAUGAUACAGACAGCACAACUAUCCGUGUAGACAAUAAAAUGUUGGGACUUAAAUUUGAAGAUCCACAGACAUGGCCUAACAUAACCGAUAAAGUGAGGUGCUAUUUAGUAAAACAUGGGCCAGAGCAACAAAAAGACGCAAAUUUUGCUCUCUCGGCCAAUAGUAACGGAAGGCGAUUUAGCCGUGAUUGGUUUUUUAAAACGCUACCUAAUGGUGAAACGAUGGAGCGUUCCUGGCUUAUAUAUUCCACAGCACGGAGGGCUAUCUUCUGUUUUCCCUGUAUGCUUUUUGGAAAGAAAUCACCUCUUACUCCAAACAUUGCAAAUCCUCAGAGAGGCUUCUCUAAUUGGAGACAUUUAAACCCCAGGCUAGUGGAUCAUGAAAAGUCUUCUGAUCAUUUUCAAAAUUUUUUAAGUUGGCGGCUUUUGGAGAGGCAAUUAACAAAGGGUUCUAGAAUUUGCCAAGAAUUUGAACCUGAAAAAGAGAAGUGGAACACAAUUUUCAAAAUACUUCUUGAUGCAAUUCUUUUCUGUGCCCAAAACAAUCAUGCUGUUCCUGGUUCAUGUGACAUUAUGGAGGAACCCAAUUCAGAAAUAGUUUAUGGUGUCAUGAAACUCAUUAGCCAUUACAAUUUUGAGUUAGCAGAACAUAUUGCAAAGUGUGAGAAGGACGGUGUUUCCUAUUUUCCACCAGCCGUCCUAAAUGAAUUUGUUAACCUCCUUGGUAACACAGUGAGGAAGGAAUUAAUUAACAGAGUCAAAGAAGCCAAAUACUAUUCUAUUAUUUUCGACAGUUUUCCAGAUACCACACACGAAUACCAACUGUGUGAAAUAAUCCGGUAUGUCCGGUUCUCUGAUGGACAGUGCAGUGUAGAAGAGAGCUUCUUAGAUUUUAUUGGAAUGGACGAGAAGACUAGCAGUGAUUUCGCAACUGAAAUAGGACUAAAGCUUAGCAAGGAUGGAUUAGAUCCAGGUAAUAUGCGUGGACAGUGUUAUGAUAACUCGCCACAUAUGGCAGGCAAAUACAGUAAAGUGCAGGCAAGACUGAAAAAAAUGAACAAUCUUGCUACAACUGUUCCAGGUUCUGCACGUUCGCUCAGCCAAGAAGUUGUCCAUAUAGCUAGUUCCCCUCUGGAAAUGAUAAUGUUCUUUGGAGCUGUUCAGAGAUUGUUUAAUUUAUUUGCUGUUUCAACAAGUAGAUGGGAAACCUUAAACCGUAUUCUCAAAAUCACACUGCAAGCUCAGAGUGACACCAGAUGGUCAUCAGAAGCUUCUGCUGUCAGAUCAUUAAGUGACCAAUUGCCAGGAGUUCUCGAUGAACUGUACGAGAUAUAUGAAAAUUCAGGUUCAUGCCCAGAAGCGGUUUCAUGGGCCGAUGAACUGAUAGAUCAAAUUAAUUUUAAAUAUGUUUGCUUCCUUAUUAUGUGGCGUCAAAUUUUAAGUAGUGUUGACACUGUGAGCCAAGCUUUGCAACAGAAGGGAGUAUCGGUUGAUCAAGCUGCAAAACUGAUAGGCAGACUUGUGAACGUACUACAACAAAUGCGCGAAGAAGGGGUUGAUCCUAUAAUGAAAGAGGCUGCAAAUCUUGCUCAGUCCAUGGACCUUCCUGUAGAAUUUCCUGUUAAGAGGAAAAUAACUAUUCACAAAAAUGAAGCGAAGGAUGAAGAUUUUGAUACGACCAAUGAGCAGGAUUUCAGAAGACGAUUCAUUAAUCUAAUUGAUGCUCUGAUUGCGCGGUUCAAGUGGCGUUGCGAAAUACUUACUGAGAUCUCUUCAGACUUUGAGUUCCUUACUGGGCCUGCCCUCUCAAGCAUGCCACUAAAUGCCCUGAAGAAGUGUGCUUCUGACUUGGCCAUAAAGUACUGUAAUGAUCUCAGUGCUUCUGAAAUCGUGGCCGAGAUCGAGAGUUUUAAAUCUUGUGUGCCUUCCAUCAUCCCAGAUUGCAGCACAGCAACUGCACAGGACAUCUUGCAGCAGAUACACAAGAGGGACCUGGUUUCUGUAUAUCCCUCUAUUUAUAUUGCUCUGAGAAUUUUCCUUAGUAUCCCGGUUACCGUACCGUCUUGUGAAGAGAACAUCAGUAUUUUCAAUUCAGUGGAGGAGUACUUGAGGUCUAUGAGCGGACAAGAAUGUUAUUCAAACAUGGCAAUUCUCUCUAUCGAACACAAAUUAACAAGUUCUAUUAACUUUGACUCUGUGAUAGAAGAGUUUGCAAGUGUGAUGGCUAGGAAGGCAAUCCUUUAAAUUCAACUGUCACGAGGGACCAAUGUCUGCGAAUCUGCCACAUUAGAUUGUAAAAGGGGCUCAGUAAUAGUUGCAGAAUAGCUUGCUAGGGAUCCUUGCUAGUUGCAAAGGAAAGUCAAGUCUUGUUCAUAUGAAUAUGGAGAGUUGGAUUCAAUCCAGUGAUUCAGGGUGACUCAAGGAGUACUUAAUUUGUCCGUUGUCAUUGUUCCAGAAGCCUGUUGUUGAUAUUGCUCUCCCUGCACUUUACCAUAUUGUAAGGAAAGUCCCUGAAGGACUGUUCUAGCCAGAAGUACCGACUUUCAUUACCCAACAUUGCUGGGACUUCUCCUCCCUCACUUUUCUCUAAUGUACAUUUAGUAGUGAUUACCCCUGUUCACUACACUUAACCAUUUUGUAUAAGGAACAUAACAGCCCUACUGAUUGCUACAAAAGGAACAUGACUCACACCAAUAUGAUAGAGUGGCAUUGGCACUAUUGUGUUGCAGGAGGUAUACCUGCCUACUUCUGUUGCAUCCCCCCAUCAAAGUCACCUGGUGAUUGCAGUCUUAAAGUGCAUAUAGUUAAUUAUAGUGUGCUAGUGUUAUAAACUUGCUCCUGUUAUUAAUAUUUGUAAGCUACUCUUCCUUUAUUUCAGUUGUAUGCCUUUCUGUUCUUGGCUUUUAGGGACACUAUUACAGCUGGCCUCGCUUGUUUGUAGAGAGAGACAUUUAUAUACACUACCUACUUUUAGCCAAGUGUUAGGCCAUAGGUUGUCAGGCCUAUAUUUUAAUAAAUAAGCGUUAUUUCCUUUUAA